AAAAAUUAUUUCUAUUCGAAAAAAAUCUAAAAUUAAUUUUCAUUGCAGAAUUUUAAAGAAAAAUCCUGAAAAAAAAAUAAUUUUAUGUGAAAAUGGCUCCUCGUCACUUCGAAAAUCCCUUCGAAGACUACAAACCCGGUAUUUCUGUACAAAUUCCUGAGCAAAAAGUCCUCGAGCUAAUCCAUCAUUACGUUUCCCAAAUUUUAUCCAACCAAAAAUCGCAAUUAACCAACGAUCGUCGUGGCGAUUUGUACGUCGGAUGCUCUGGAAUCGCCUUCAUGUUCCUAAAAUUGUCUCAAUCUUCCGUGGCAGCAUCUUUUCCCGACGCACUCGUUCACGCCAAAACCUACAUCGAGCACUCGAAGCAACUGAGUCAACGAUAUUUACGUCGCGACAACGAAAAAGUGAGUUUUUUAUGCGGCAACGCUGGAAUUUUCGCCGUUUCCGCGGCAAUUUCCAAAGCAACUGGCGAUUCGGACAGUUUUUCACGCGAUUUGGCAGUUUUUAACGAAGGAUUUCCCGUCACACAGCAAAUUGUCUUCAACGAUUACGGAAAUGACGAAAUUCUGUUCGGACGAGCCGGAUUUCUGAGCGGAAUUUAUUGGCUGAACGGCGUUUUGGGCGAAAAAGUCUUCAGUGAGACGCAAAUUUUGGAUGUUUGUCACACGAUGUUUGCUUCGGGACACGAAUUUGCGAGAAAAAAACAACUUUCCGUGCCAUUGAUGUACGAAUGUUACGGCGAUCAGUACAUUGGGGCAGCUCACGGGAUCUCUGCCAUCUUUCACAUGUUCCUGCAGUCGAAAAUUAUGGAAGAAAAAAAAUUUUCGGAGGUCAUCAAGGCUUCAAUUGAUCAUUUGUUGUCACUUCAGGCGGCAGAUGGGAAUUUUCCAGCAGCAAUGGACGAAGUGAAGCCUCAAGCGAGCAAUUAUCGGUUGGUUCAUUGGUGUCACGGAGCGCCCGGAGUCAUUUAUGUCUUCGCCAAAGCUUAUCUGGUGUUCAAGGAAUCGAAAUAUUUGGAUGCCUGUCACAAAUGUGCCGAUCUUGUGUGGAAAAAAGGGCUUUUAUUGAAGGGUCCCGGCAUUUGUCAUGGCAUCGCAGGCAACGGAUACGUGUUUUUAAUGAUGUACCGACUCACUGGUGACCAAAAAUUCCUCUAUCGAGCGAUAAAAUUCUUCGAAUUCCUCACAAAUCCGGAUUUUUUGAAGCACGCAAGAACUCCGGACCAUCCAUUUUCGUUGUACGAAGGCAUCGCGGGCACCGUUUGUUACUUAAUUGACUUGCUGGAGCCACAAAAAGCGAGUUUUCCCUUCAUGGAAGUUUUUUAAAAUCCCUAAAAUUCAAAUUCGAGUAAUUUAU